AUGCGCCGCAACCCCCUUCACUUGCAAAAGCUACAGGAACUGAGUGCUUCGGUUCUAGCCUAUGUCAAGAGCUACAAUCUAGAUGGAUUAUGCGCAGCUCCCGGCUCCUUAGUACCUGAUGCCAUGCUACUGUCACGGAUCCUCACGUAUCUCUACGACCGAGAUGGAUUCUGUGGAUUUUUCGGUUGCGGGGGCUUUUUCGCCAGCUAUGUUAGUGAGAAUUUUAACAAACGAUGGAGGAUCUGGCAAUUGUCGAGAUCCAUCUUCACACCACCGAAUGAGCAAACAAUUUCUCUACGCAUGCCUGGCAUCCAAGAUCCCCCGAAAUCCGACGUUUUGAGCGUUUAUUUCGAGUUGAUUGCCGUACACCAUGACAUUAACCGAUAUAGCCAGGCCGCUGAGGCCCAAACACCUGAGGUAUUGAGAAAAAUCAAACAAAACCUUGCCUGGAUUCAAGAACAACAUAAGUUUCUGCGGCAUCUCAUUCCAAGCUGUAGGAGAGAAAGGUCUUCGCCUCCUCUCAUGGCUCUGGUCACGGUGACGUUCUUCCAUGCCAUUCAAGUAUACUUCUAUCGCAGCCGUGAAUCAUGCUUUGGCCAGCUCCCUAUCACAGCUGAACUUCACUGCAUCUUAUCAGAGCUGAUCGCAGCAGCCUACUAUACUGUCGCGGCAGGGCCAGUACAGCUUCUUGAGCGGUUCCAAUGGUCUCUUCUCGUAGCUGGACUUGAGACUCACGAUCCAGUCCAUCUUGAUUGGAUUUCGACAAACAUCUCAGAUCCUGUUUUGAGUAAUAUUUUCAUCCUGGUUAAGGAGAUGCAGAAGUUACACAGCGUCUCGAUGGAGGAAAUAAGGCAUCUCAUCGGCACAAUGUCCCACAAACAUUUUGAAGGCAGCCUUGAAAUGCCUGUAAUUUAG